UGGGCAUUUAAAGAGAAAUCAUGAAAAGUUCUAAAUUUAUAUGUAGUCUAACUACAUAUUUUAAAUAAAGGGAAGAGAAAAUUAAGGCCUCAAAGAAAUCAUAUUGUUUUUUAAAGAGUCAAGCAAUAUUUUCUAGAUGGAAUUGGAGUUUGUGCAGAAAUAUGCCCAAAAAUUGAGAUGAGAGGAAAUAUUAUCCAUUACUUUAAUAUUAUCCAUUUACUUUUAAGGUAUUUAAAAUAUUCUUUAAAACUUUUAAGGAAUCCAUUAUAGUGGCUUGCUAAUUCUUGUCACAGUUGCUGAAACAUGUCAUAAUGGGUUGCCAAGGAAGUUGUUAUACAUCAUGGAUUGAAGUAUUCUCCCAGUCAUCUUCAAUCACAUAAAGCAUGUUUUGAUAUUUUCUAAGAAAGUAGCUUCAUGGGACUCCCUUAUUCCCUUUUCCGGGAGAUGGAUCCUCCCAGCAAGCCUUUGAAUUUCAUUCCAAAUCCGGAGUAUGAAUGCCGAAAGGAUGACUCUUGUGGGGCAGUAGGGAACUUUCUACUUUGGUACUUUGUCAUUAUGUUGUUCCUGAUGAUACUCUACAGGGCUUCUCUUUGGAUGUCUGAGAAAAAGGAUGCAUCACUAUCACCAGACAUUGGGACAAGUGGUUCAGGAUGUAAAGAUGCCUACUGUAAGCGACACAGCAAAAACACCAUCUGGGAAUCUUUUAGAAAGAUCUUUAAGAAGAAACCAAAACAUAUGCAACUUUCACCUGUAACUGACUCAGAAGUGGCACUUGUUAAUGCCUACCUAGAAAGGAGAAGAGCCAGACUUCACUCUCAGCUGAACCAGAUGAAUCAAGGCCUCCAUGAUAGUGAUACCACUGAUAGGGACAGUAUGGAUUCUAACUCAGGAGCCUCCUCCUGGAAGGAGAGUGAGACUGAACAUCAUCCAACUCCAGCCAGCCUUAGAAGAAGAAAGAUAGCCCAAAGGCAGAGGAACCUUGGAAGCUACCAAAUCAGGGAAAGGCCUUGCCUCCACUGCAAAGCUAUGAGAACCAGUGAGUGGCUGACUCGCCACUUCCUUCAUCCUCCUACAGCACCUCCUCCAGUGGAUGGAGAUAUUCCGGAGGAGAAUUCUCUAGUAGAAAUUAACACAAAAUUCAGUAGAAUUUGAACUUUAUCCAGUUCUUAAUUAUUGAAGACAAAUGAAUAAGAGAUUAAAACAAGUAUGAAAUAUCACCAGAGGUCAGGGUAGUGAGGCUUUACAAUAAAGUCUCUACUAAUGACGAGUGUA